AUGGAUUUCUCCAAGUUCCUGGCCGAUGACUUCGAGGUGAAGGGCUGGGUGAACGGAGCCUUCCGGGCCGUGCAGCAGCAGGAUGCGCCCGGCAAAGUGGACGCCCACGCCGCUACCUUGGUGAUGAAGUUGCAGCUCUUCAUCCAGGAGGUCAACAAUGCCGUGGAAGAAACAAGCCACCAGGCGCUCCAGAACAUGCCCAGAGUCCUUCGGGAUGUGGAAGCCUUGAAACAGGAGGCAACUUUCCUGAAGGAACAAAUGAUCCUUGUUAAGGAGGACAUUAAGAAAUUUGAAGAGGACACAGCUCAGUCAAUGCAGGUCCUGGUAGAGCUCGAUCGAGUGAAAUCCAGAAUGCAGCUGGCUGCUGAGUCCCUCCAGGAAGCAGACAAGUGGAGCACACUGAGUGCAGAUAUUGAGGAAACUUUUAAAACACAAGAUGUGUCUGUGAUCUCUGCCAAGCUAACAGGCAUGCAGAACAGCCUGGCGAUGCUUGUGGACACUCCGGACUACUCUGAGAAAUGCGUGCACCUAGAGGCUCUGAAGAACCGGCUCGAGGCCAUGGCCAGCCCCCAGAUUGUGGCCACUUUCAACGCUCAGUCUGUAGACCAGGCAAAAGUGUUUGUGAAAGUCUUCACUGAAAUUGAUCGGAUGCCCCAACUCCUGGCUUAUUACUACAAAUGUCACAAGGUGCAGCUGGUGACAGUCUGGCAGGAUCUUUGCCAAAGCGACUUAAGUUUAAAUCGGCAGCUGACUGAACUGUAUGAUACUCUGCUUGGAACAUGGCACUCAGAACUCCAGUGGGUCAUGCAGGUUUUUAAGAACCCCCAUGAAAUUGUGACUGUGCUGCUGAUCCAAACAUUAGGUGCCUUGGUGCCUUCAAUCCCAGUCUGCCUCAGCACCACAAUGGAGGGAGCCGGCCAGGAAACCAAACUAAAUAAGCUGCUGGAGCUGCAUGACACCACAGCCCACUUUGCAAGAGGCCUGGAAGUAGCAAUGCUGUCUAGCUUAAAAGAGCAUAACCUGGUAAAAGUGAUGGAACUGGUGGAAGUAGUGUAUGGUCCGUAUAAGCCCUACCAGCUGCGGUACGGAGACCUGGAAGAAGAAAAUCUCCUCAUCCAGAUCAGUGCAGUGCCCUUGGAGCAUUGGGAAGUAAUUGACUGCGUCCAGGAACUGAGCCACUCGGUGAACAAACUCUUCAGUCUGGCUUCUGGAGCCAUCGACAACUGCGUUAAACUCACCGAUGGGCUGGGGGUGUGUGGGCUGCUGAAGGCACUGAAAGCUCUUUUCAAAAAGUAUGUGUCUGACUUCACUACUACUUUGCAGUCCAUAAGAAAGAAGUGCAAACUGGAUGAUAUCCCCUCGGAUUCCCUCUUCCAGGAGGACUGGACCGCAUUCCAAAACUCUAUCCGGAUAAUAGCUACUUGUGGUGAACUCCUUCGGCAGUGCGGGGACUUUGAGCAGCAGCUAGCAAACAGGAUUUUAUCCACUGCUGGGAAGUAUCUGCUGGACUCCUACAGCCCUUGUAGUCUGUCUGGCUUUCAGGAUGCCAGCUCUGCGGAGAAGAAGAGCUCAGUCAAGAACCCCUGGCAGGAAUACAACUACCUCCUGAAGGAGACUCCGUCUGAGUAUGCCAGCCUCAUGGAAACACUCCAUACCCUAAAGGAGAAAGGGACGAGUAACCACAACCUGUUGUCCGCAUCUCGAUCUGCCCUUACCCACCUCAACCAGCUAGCACACCAGUUGGCGUUUGACUCUGUUUUCCUUCGCAUCAAACAGCAGCUCUUACUGAUUUCCAGGAUGGAGGGCUGGAGCUCAACUGGCAUUGGUGAGACACUAACAGACGACCUGCCAAACUUCAGUCUGACUCCUCUUGAGUACAUCAGCAACAUUGGACAAUAUAUCAUGUCCCUCCCACUUCAUCUCGAGCCAUUCGUUACUCAAGAAGAUUCUGCUCUGGAACGAGCCUUACAUGCUGGAAAACUGCCGUAUCCGCCAGAGCAAGGUGACGAGUUACCUGAGCUGGACAACAUGGCUGACUACUGGCUAGGUUCCAUCGCCAGAGCAACCAUGCAAACCUACUGUGAAGUUAUCCUGCAGAUUCCAGAGCUCACCCUUCACUCAGCGAAGCAGCUUGCCACGGACAUUGAUUAUCUGAUAAAUGUGAUGGAUGCCCUCGGCCUUCAGCCUUCGAAGACACUACAAAACAUUGUUACUCUAUUGAAGACCAAACCAGAAGACUACAGGCAAACAGCCAAAAGCUUGCCCCGCAGGCUAGCAAGCAACAUCGCCACCAUGAGAAGUGUGGACUAUUAACUCCGAGCCCUCGAAAAACUCCAGCAGGGGAGCUCUUGGCUAAAGGCUAAAUUUCCUACAUUGAAUUUUUUCUCCAAUAAACUUUCCAAGGAUGAUGGGAAUGUGGUUGGGGAAAAGAGGAAUUUAUUUGUGACUCAUUUAAUACAUGUCUUCAUUUGGAAAUGUUGAGAGAGCUCUCCAGGUGUUUUGAACUAUGAAAUGGAAAAGAAAAAUGUCUUAAUGACCACAUUUCCCUUUAGUCAUCUGGGUGACCUGGCUGCGUUAGAGCUGUCUUGUGACAAGUGUUCUGACGCUAGCUGGAGAGUACAUGCCGCAUGACAAUGAAAUGACAGGCUUUUUUAGUGCAGUCUAAUCAAUGCGGACUGAAAUUACAGGGUAUGUGCAGCGUGGAUCAACUGAAACGAGGACUCUACUACCUGCAGGCAAUGCCCAUUGCUCAAGUCUUUCAUUAUCCACAAUCUCAUGAAGGUAGUGUCUCAGCAGUUAGCAGAAAAUGCAGGACCAAACUAAGCCCUGACAACAAAACCAGUUUAGUAGGUUGUUUCUCAGGAGAUUUUCUUCCUUCUGAAGCUAUUGGGAAGCUUCUAGGGAAUUGGAUGUAGCAGUGUUGUAGUCGUCUUGUGAAAUGGAUGCAAGUGUGGUGUGUGGGUUUUUGCGAAAAGGCUUAUCUAAUCUAGGAACACUUCCAAGGGUAUAGGCGCGGGGAAAGUAUAAACUGAUCCCACUUGUCGUGGAAAAAGUCACCCACGCAUUGAUUUUAGUUCACAGACUCAAGCCUGAGGCCAGUUUAUUGCAAAACAUACCAACGCGUUGGGGUAGCAGUCCGAAAACUACCACACCUAGCACAGCACGCAGGCUGCUUUUAUUCCGUCAAACCGCAAGCAUAGUACAAAUAAUACGUCAUUUAUGCGAAAAUAAGAGUAGGGGUCUGUCCCUUUUUCCCGGUACCUUCCUCAUUAUUUUACGAGAAUUGGGUGCCUAUUGGGUGGGGGGUUUCUUGGUGGUUUCCGCCAUGGGUGGUACUUGGCACUACUUAGUGUUUUUCUCGUCAAGGUACAUAUUAUUUUCCGGGGUUUUACGGUAAAGGGCAUAGGGGUUUAGCACGGGACGCCCAAAGAAGAUAUAUGAUUGGCUAGUUUGGCAGUUAACUGGAACUACAGGAGAAGUUGACCUUUACUAGAAGCAAUUUCUUCAUAUAAGCGGUUAUUAUGUUUCAUAAACGAGCGGUUAUGUUUUUACAAACAAGCCGUUAUGUUUCACAAACAAGCAGCUAUUCUGUUACUGAGGCCUUUCGCAUUGCUCCCUCCCCCUCCCUCCUCGGGUCAUAACCCUUGACCGAAUUUGGCAGGAGGCUGUGUCACUUAGCCUAGUUCCGGCUUGUGGCCUGCAGGGCGGGCCUAUAUGACCAGUCUUCGCCGAUGUUCUGAUCGGUGCAAGGGAGGCCAGCCAGGCCUAUUCCCCCACACACUGUUGGGAUUUUGGCUGUGUGGGAUCAUGGUUGAUACAAAUGCCAUGGGGGAAACUCUGCAAGGCUCAGCUUCUGGGAACCUUUUUUGGGUGAAUCAAGUCUUAGAAAUUUAAAAUGCCUGAUUUUUUGGGGGGAGGGAGGUGGUGGUGGUGGUGGUGGUACUAGAAGAAUUUCCCUGGAACAUCUGCACCAGUGUAGUGUCAGUCUGAACUGCUUUUCCAAGCUACCUAUAGAAUUUGAUACUUCAUCUGCAACAUUACUUUAACCAGUUUUUUUGGCAAGAGAGGAGUCCUGAUCUGGAAUGCAAACCAACACAAAUAUUCAGGUGUGUCUUGAUUCUAAGCACAGGCUGUACCUGAAAGGGAUUACGACUCUCUUGGUUGCUGGCAGCAGCAGCAGCCCUGAGGUUUUACUGCUCUCCUAUCAGAAUGGAAUAAUCUAUUUGACAGUGAACUUCCCUCCUCUGAAUUGCAGUGUGUACCUUUUAUCUGAUGUGUACUUAAGAAGUGUGCAGUUACAGCCCAUACAACCAAAUAAAAAUGAAACC